AUGCGAGGCGUCCAGAUAUUCUCGGGCACAGCCCACCCAACCCUCGCCGAGUCCAUCUGCGAGCGGUUGGGAGCUGUGACUGCGCCGGCUGAACUUCGAAAGUUUAGCAACGGCGAGACGCUGGUCAACAUCGGCGUAUCCGUGCGCAAUAAAGAUGUCUACAUUGUGCAGAGUGGUAGCAGCAAGAUCAACGAUAGCCUCAUGGAGCUUCUGAUCAUGAUCUCUGCCUGCAAGGGUGGAUCAGCCAAGUCGAUUACCGCUGUUAUGCCUUACUUCCCUUAUUCCCGACAGUCGAAAAAGAAGAGCCACCGCGGCUCCAUUACUGCUCGGAUGAUUGCCAACCUGCUUAGCAUUGCUGGUGUUGACCACGUGAUCACACUGGACUUGCAUGCUUCCCAAAUGCAAGGCUUCUUUGGCAAACCUGUCGACAACCUAUUCGCAGAACCAUUGAUUGCACGGUGGAUUAAAAUGAACGUGCCUGAGUGGAAAACGGCAGUGGUUGUGAGCAAGAAUGCGGGCGGCACAAAGAGAGUCACUUCUCUGGCGGACACGCUGAAGCUCAACUUUGGUAUUGUCACGACCGACCGACGCAGACAACCCAAGGUCAAUAUCUCUCUAAGUGAGAGUACAAUCUUCUUUGACACGAUUGAGAGAGGUAACGCGGCAGUGAGCCGAGCAGACCUAGCAGCGGCGAGUCACGAAAGUGCUAUUGAUGACUUCUUUCUGUCACGAUCAGCAGACACAUUACGCCCAGAGACUCCGCCGUCUGCGCGGCGCCCGUCUGAACUGGAGGCGGCCAACGAUACCACGGACGAGCGGGCUCGUGAAGUCAUCACUGGACGCCUGGUGCAAGGUCAUCUGGUUGAUGACGACUAUUCCGAGGACACGACACAAGAGGGGACUCCGGUUCCUCCGGCUGGUUCGGAGAGCGGUGACAGUGAAAGAGUCGUCGACCCGAUGUCGUCGUCGAUAUUUUCCCUGCAUUCCCUGCAGCCCGAUCAUGCGUUGGGUGGCACAUAUGACGCAGAGGAAUCAGACGAGGACGAGUCCCAUCCACAUAUCACCGAAGAGCGGACGAUUACUCUUGUUGGCGACGUCAAGGACAAACCCGUUUUCAUAGUGGAUGACAUGAUCGACCGGAGUGGAUCAUGGGUAGCUGCAGCCGAAACGGUUGUCAGAAAGGGUGGCGCUAAGAAGGUUUAUUGCAUUGCUACACACGGGCUGUUUGGCGAGAACUCACUGGAAGAUAUGGAGCGGUGUACUGCGAUUGACCAUAUCAUUGUGACCAACUCUUUUCCAAUCCCGGCUGAAUUGAUGCGGCAGUCCAAGAAGUUGAUUGUCAUUGACGUUUCAACGCUCCUUUCGGAAAGCAUUCGGCGUCACCAUUACGGCGAAAGUAUUUCUGCGCUCUUCCAACUAGCCGACUAG